AUGGUCGAAAAUAGUUCGACAGUAUCACCAUCUGAUUCGCAAGAGUUCCGUAUGACUGUCAAACCUCAACGGACUCGUUCAAUUAUCCGAGAAUUCAGUCUAAACACCUCAACACACGGCAUUCCAGGUAUUGCUCGUAGUGAAAGUAAACACAAUCGAAUCUUUUGGUCUAUAUCGUUACUUAUUUUCACUGGUGCAAUGACAUAUUUCAUAGUACAAGCCAUUCUAGCUUAUUUUGCAUAUCCAACGCAAACAUCUAUAUCGAUUACUCAUGAAUGGCCACAAGCAUUUCCUGCAGUGACCAUUUGUAAUUACGCUCCGUUAAUUUAUGAUCGAUUCAUCGAGUCAUUUUUAAACUAUACGAAUUCACUUCAAUUGAUCAAUACUAGUGAUACAACUAAUUUUACUAUUGAACAAGCUUCGUACAUUCAAGAUUAUUUGACAUAUAAACUCAAUCAUAAUGAAUCUUUACACGAUUUUUUCUAUCCUCUUGAUUCGAUGUUGAUCUCAUGUUCCUACAAUCGAUUGACAUGUACAGCAGCUAAUUUCACUUGGUUCAUCUCUUCAAGCUAUGGUCUAUGCUAUACAUUCAAUGCAAAACUAAAAGAUAGUUUCGGAAAUACUCUAAAAUACAAUGCUGACAAUGGAGAGAACGGCAAACUCGAAUUACAUCUUUACAUUCAUCAACAUCAAUAUGUACCCUACUUAUCGAAUGGUGUUGGAGUGGUGGUUUUAGUUCACGACAAUCAACAAAUGCCUUUCAUUGAAAUGAUAGGUAUGCUGCUCGCACCUAGCCGCCAUCAUAAAUUGGGCUAUCAGAAGAAAACAAGCUAUUUUUUGCCAGCACCGUACACAACAUGCAGUGAUCAGCUUACUUUGGGAAUGCAAGCCAUGUUCAAUGAAUAUCAUGACACUGAUUAUGGAUAUUUCGAGCUUGCGUGUUUUGCUGCUUGUAUACAAUCCUAUACAUAUCAGAAAUGUAAAUGUGGGAAUCCAUUUCGAUGGACUGCGCGUUUCAUUGUACUGCCGGGUCAUGACGAAACAAUUAAUAUACCGCUUUGUAAUGUCAGCGAUCCAUGUUAUAGGCUAGCAGCAACGGAGAUCAUGAAUACGGCCAGUAUUUGGACAACUUACUGUCCGACAUGUAAACAAGAAUGUAUGUUUACUGAAUUCAUAAUCAAACCAACAUCAGUCUUGGCACCACCGACUUAUUUGUUGGAGAAUAUUAAACAAUUUGUUGAGUCAUCUCAAGUUCCACUACCGGUGAAUUGGUCAACAUCAUGGAUGUCAGAGAUUGCAUCAAGUUAUGUAUCGGUGGAAGUGACAUAUGAAACGACUCGAAGUGAACUUUAUUCUCAACAAGCAAGUAUCAGUGCUGUUGAUGUUAUUUCGAAUGUUGGUGGAAACACAGGUCUCUGGAUUGGAAUUAGUUUUUUAUCAUUGAUGGAACUUGCCGAAAUGAUUUAUCGACUUGCGCGUGUACAAUGGUUUAAACUUCAAACAGUUAUGCAACGUAAUAAACAAUAA